UCUAGAAUGAACAGGGAGGAGGGGAAAUGUGUCGAGUACUUGAAAAAGGGCACCGCAGGAAGACUAUCUUCACUCUCUAGCUUACCUCACCAUUCAAAAACUCUGGCGAAGGGAAAAACAACACCGCGAUGGCACCGCACGAUCUCCGCCGUCCAUUCAAACGUCCGGCGAUCUCCGAUCAACAGAAGCGCCGUGACCUCUCUCUUCUCCGGCAGACUCAGAACCGCCACGACUCUUCGAUGGUGAACUAAGCCCGCUGUUUAGCCUCCACAGUCCUCUCUCUCCAAAGCCAGGGUUCCGAACCUACGUCCGAGCCAGAAGAACCCUCCGUAGAGCUCGACCUCGUGCCCGAACCCGAGCCCGAUCCUGAGCACCAAACCAGUGACCUUGAUGUUCGACAGGCGGCGAAGCUCAGGGGCGCCGAAGCUCGCCGGUGGUUCGCGAGGCAGCUCAUGCUUCCUGAGUGGAUGAUCGAUGUCCCCGAUCAUUUGAGUCGCGAUUGGUAUGUAUUUGCGAGACCUGCAGGUAAACGAUGCUUUGUUGUUUCUUCUAAUGGAACAACAAUUAGUAGGCUUCGGAAUGGUUCUCUGUUGCACCGGUUUCCAUCUGCUCUACCCAGUGGUGCCAGGGCCAAAGGCAACUCUUGUUCUGCUCAAUCAUAUUGUAUACUUGAUUGUAUAUUUCAUGAGUCUGAUCAAACUUACUAUGUAAUUGACAUGGUUUGCUGGGCGGGAUACUCUCUCUAUGAAUGCGCUGCUGAGUUCAGAUUUUUUUGGUUGAACAGCAAACUUGUUGAGUCAGGGGCUUGUGAGCCUCCCUCAUUUUACCAUAAGUACAGAUUUGAUGUGGUUCCUGUGUACAACUGUGACCAAGCAGGGCUACACACAGCUUAUUCAGGGCCAGUACCUUAUGUCAAGGAUGGGCUAUUGUUUUAUAACAAGCAUGCACAUUAUCAAACAGGUAAUACACCAUUGGCAUUAGUCUGGAAGGAUGAGAACUGUAGUCAGUAUGUUAUUGAUACAGACAGCAGAGGACAAGUUCCAAGUCAACAACAGGUGGUUUUGGAGCUACAAGUCGAUGGGAAACUAACGUCGUCAGAUGAUCCUCCCGUUGUAUUUGGUUGUUUGGAGACUGACUUCAUACAAAAGUCAGGACUGCAAUCGGGAAAUCUUUUACGUUUUGCUAUUAAUGAUGGAGGACUGAGUUUUGGGGAUGGGAAACUGGAGAAGGCUGAUAUGCAGUAUCUUGGUAAGGUCAACUGUGCACGUGCUUUUGCAGAUAGCUACUCAAAGAUUGUGUUCCAGUACGCAGUUCGGCAUUCACCCCUACGAGUAGAAGAUCUCUUUGCGUCCAUUAGCUCAUUGAGUCAACAAGACAACAUAACUCGUGACAUGGAGAUGGUUGGUUGAUGACAGCUAUUGACGAGAACGAUUGAGGUGGUUGCUCAUGCUCACUCAAUGACAAACUUGAUUGCCCUUGUAGCAAGAUCCAAGCCGCCACCCAUUGUAUUUGUAGCAGUUAGAGGAUUUUGGUAUGAAUUUAGCGGCUGGCGAAUACACAAAGGGGUUUGUGUUUCUAUGACCAGUAGUUCUUUUCACUUAAUAUUAUUGUAUGUAUAUAUCAGGAGACUAUAUUUGGCUGAGUGAUUGGGCAUAUUUUAUAUGCUUCAUGAAUAUAAUUAUUUUCUGAGAGAGGGUUACUUAUUAUCUCUAUUGUUUGUUUUUGUAACACCACAUUUAUGGCAAUGAAGAAAGUGUGAUGUAUGUUUGUUUUGUUCGGUACA